GUCAGGAGCACAAGGAGAGAAUGGAUAACUUUUUUUAAUUUCCAGAGUCUGUCCGGUGCCGAACAGCCAUGACCCGCCGUUUAUUGGGACCAGGAGCCCUGGUUCUGUUCGCGGUCCUUGUAACCGAGUGUUUGGCCAGGAAUGAGGAAGAGCGGUUGAUUCAACACCUGUUCAAGGAGAAGGCUUACAACAAGGACCUCCGGCCCGUAGAAAAACAGGGCGACGCUGUCGUUGUGUACAUCGCCCUCACACUCUCUAACCUCAUCUCUCUGAAAGAGGUAACUGAGACUCUGCUGACCAAUGUGUGGAUGGAACAUGGCUGGUAUGAUACCAGGCUGUCUUGGAACACCACUGAGUUUGAUGAUAUCGAUGUUCUGCGCCUCCCGCCCAGCAUGGUGUGGCUGCCGGAGAUCGUCCUAGAGAACAAUAACGAUGCCCAGUUCCAGGUGGCGUACUACUGUAACGUGUUGAUCUAUCCGGAUGGCUAUGUGUACUGGCUGCCGCCGGCCAUCUUCAGAUCCUCCUGUGCCAUCAACGUCAACUACUUCCCCUUCGACUGGCAGAACUGCACUCUCAAGUUCACCUCCCUGACCUACAAUGCUAAGGAGAUCACCAUGCAGCUGAAAGAGGAGCUGGAAAAUGACAAGUCCUACAAGGUGGAGUGGAUCAUCAUAGACCCUGCAGGGUUCACAGAGAAUGGAGAGUGGGAGAUCAUUCAUAAACCGGCCCGUAGGAACACCUAUAAGAAUAUCCCUAUAGAGAGCAACAAGCACCAGGACAUCACCUUCUAUCUCAUCAUCAAACGCAAACCUCUGUUCUAUAUCAUCAACAUCAUAAUCCCCUCUGUCCUCAUCUCCUUCAUGGCUACACUGGUCUACUACCUACCAGCUGACAGUGGGGAGAAGAUGACUCUGUCUAUCUCGGUGCUGCUGGCUCAGUCUGUGUUCCUGCUGCUGAUCUCACAGAGACUGCCGGAGACCUCCAUGGCUAUACCACUUAUUGUCAAGUAUCUGAUGUUCAUCAUGGUUCUGGUUACGGUGGUGGUGUUGCACUGUGUGGUGGUCCUCAACCUGCACUUCAGGAGCCCCAGUACACACAUCAUGACAGAGUGGACUAGAGAGUUCUUCCUGGAGAGGUUGCCCCGCCUGCUGCGGAUGUCCCGCCCUGCAGAGUCAGAGUCUAGCUGGGAGGGGGCGUUGCCAAGGCGAUCUAGCUCCGUUGGUUACAUUGCUAAGGCGGAGGAGUACUACAGUGUGAAGUCACGCAGCGAGCUGAUGUUUGAGAAACAGUCUGAGAGACAUGGGCUGGCCACACGGGCUACACCUGCGGCAGCUGUGAAGCCCCAGUCAGAUGGAGAGGUGACAGAGCAGCUGUACUCUGAGAUGAAGCCUGGUGUGGAUGGAGCCAACUACAUUGUCAAACACAUGCAUGACAAGAAUGACUACAAUGAGGAGAAGGAUAACUGGAGUGGUAUAGCUCGUACGGUGGACCGUCUGUGUCUGUUUCUGGUCACCCCAGUCAUGACAGCAGGCACCGUCGUCAUCUUCCUCAUGGGUAUCUACAACCACCCUCCGCCCCUGCCCUUCGAGGGAGACCCCUACAACUACCUGGAGGAGAACAAACGCUUUGUCUGAUACACACCAACGCUUACACACUUUCGCACAACGUGAAGCACGGUUCUGCUGUUUGUUCACCUUCACCUUCACUAACACAUCCGCAACCGCCCAAAUAUAAAAUCUGAGGCCUGCCCCCGACCCUAACCCACAAAUAUAGAAAAUGCAUUGUGGGCCUACAGUCAGAUGGCAGAACUAUUUUUGGACAGGCCUUUUUAUAUAGGCCUAUGUUUCUGCUUGUCAUUUCCAACAUUUUGGUAGGUUAUUUGUUAGUCAACUUGCUUGUAAUUAGAUAGGCCUAUAUGUAGCUUCUCUAUUGUCAUUACUAGUUGACCUAGAAGACUAAGUAAACCCUUUACCAAAAUGUAAUAAAUCCAUAGAAUGAAUGUUUCAAUCUACUUGACAUCGGUAAAGUUUGUUUUCUCUUUCAUCUCUGCUUCUUUCGCAGCAAAGACAUGUAGGGCCCGGGGAGAAAAUUCUAUAACAACAUAAAAAAACUGGAAAGAUUUUUUGUGAAAAUUUCCUAAUGACAUCAGUUUGACUGUUUCAUUUUUUUUUUUUUAUCUAUUAAAAAGACCCAACAUGUUUUUGAUAAGA